AGACAGCCUCGCCUCCCUCCUGCCACCAUGAAGCUCGCCAUCACCUUCGCCGUGGUCAUGCUGGCUCUCUGCUGCGGAUCCGCUAAGGCCGAGAUCUGCCCAGAAUUCCUAGAGGCCCUGAGAACUCUCUUCGAAGGCCCCGUUUCUGACUAUGAGGCUGCAAUCGCUGUCUUCGAACCCACUGAAGAUAUGAAGCUCGGAGGGGUCACACUGAAGAAAAUGAUGGAGUUGGUUCCGCCCCAGAUCAAGGAUGGUGCCGCCAAGCUCACGCAAAAAAUUAUCCAAAGCCCACAGUGUGCUUAGGACUCAGAAACUGAAGAUCUGCAACUGCCGACACCCCCGAGUCUCUUCUGCACCCCUACUUCACCCCCACUAGCUGUCCCGGGCCUCCUCCGUCCCCCAAUAAA